AUGGAAUACACCCUACCUUUGGUUGGCCACAGCCUAGCAAUUUUCAUCGUCUCGUCUGUCACGGUUGGCUUAGCGAUAAUUGCUGUGGCGUUGCGAUGCUUUGUGCGGUUAUACAUCCUGCGCGCGUUUGGGUGGGAUGACGCGCUUAUGGUAGCAGCGCUGGCGCUGUUCAUAUCAUUGAGCGUGCUGUGUAUGAUAGGGACGGAAGCCGGGGUCGGCCACACGCUCGCGGACUUCGAGUCGUUCAGUCUAAAAAGUAUGAAUCCCUCGGAUAGUCUGCACGCAGUGCAGUAUGCGAUGAUAUACUGGUGGCUUGGACAAAUGCUCUACCUGUGGGCGUCGGCCGUCGCUAAAGUAGCCAUUGCCCUUGCCCUCCUUCGACUGGCCGUCCGUCCACUGCAACGUUUCAUUCUCUGGAGUGUGAUAGGCACUGUGGUAUGCAUUGGACUCGUCUUCUGGCUUAUUCUGCUGCUCGACUGCCUGCCAAUCGGGUACUUUUGGGGGCAAAUCAACCCUCUCGAGUCGGGCACCUGCUUAUCAACCGAUAUCCUCCUCAUCAUCGCAUACACCUAUAGUUCUCUCACCAUCGUCUGUGACUUUACACUUGGGAUCUUCCCGGCAGCGUUGAUCUGGGACCUGCACAUGUCGCCGCGCACAAAGGUGGCGUUAGGUGCGAUCCUCGGGCUAGGAGCAGUGUAUGUGACUUCCCUCCAUCUGAACAGGGACAAGCUAACCAAUCUUAUAGUGCAAGCGUGGCCGUAG